AUGGAAGUAAUUUUGAGUGAACGUAGGAAAGAACUAAUUCUUUAUAAAAAUUAUAAAUUUUCAUGUAAAAACCUUACUAAAAAUGGACGUAAGUGGCGGUGUACAGAAAAAACUUGUAACGCUAAAUUGUAUGUUAACGAGGUUAAAACUACAAUAUUAAAAGAAGAAACUGAACACAAUCAUCUCCCUUAUAAAAACGUUCAACGACAACUUAUAUCAAAUCAAUUAACAAACAAAUAUUUACUGAAAAAUCAACAAAUGAUCUCAAAAUUGAAGACAUAUCAAAUAUACGACAAAAUUUAUAUAGAGCAAGAAGAAAAUCUAUACCAAAAUUCGGUAAGUCGGUAA